GAGACUUGUAAUAUUAGAGAACACAAGAUAAUAUUAUUAUAUAAAACAAGUAACGCCACCAACAUUUAGAUGCUGUUUACAACAAACGUGUACUGCACUUAGGGCAUUUGAAGUCUCUUACAACUAAACUUGUUGACAAACAGAGACCAUCAAAACAUAUGGAUGAAUUCGAUUCACUUACUGAGGCUGUAUUCUUGGUCAUGCCCAGGGCUGAAGCUGUAGUAAACAGAAUCAAAAGAAAAGGCAAAAGAGGCAGUUUGUUAACCGGAGGAGAUCACUUCAAGUUCGAUGGAUUCCAGCAACUUACAGAUGUCAAUGAGCCUUGGGAAGCAACUGAAAUCCGCCAUGCACUGUUCAAUAAGGAAUGGAGUCUGAUCUCUUCACGCAUUGAGAAUGUCAUGCUGAGCAUGAAUACCAUGGUGCUGUCCGCCAUCUAUGACUUUGUUGAGAAGGCUUACACUCAGAAAAUGACAAGAACUGUCAUGCCAAUCCAGGAACUUCCGACAGGACUAAUAUUUGCAGGAAUCAAUAUUCCGGACCACGACUUGUUAUUUCAACAGCUUGCACAGAUAUUAGCCGCACCAACCUCUCCAAUGAUUGACACAGAAUUGUCCUUGGAUAUACCAAUGGAGACAACUCAGAAAAACGUUAACAACAAAGUCGUUAUCCUACAAUCUAAAGACUGCAUAAAUCUGAAAGCAGCAUUGAAGUCAAUGAUUCAACAGUUUUUAGGAUUAAACAUGGAUGGAGCCAUCAACUCACUUGAGAGUGGGUUAAAACUACAAAAUCACGAUAUGUUUGUUUUGGAGCAAUGGUACCGGUCUCUUUGUACCCCCCAAGAGGAGAAAGUUGCAAAUCAGCAGAGGCAGCCGACUCUUGUGGUCAUUAUUCAAGACUUUGAGAGCUUUGAUCAAGAUACGCUACAGGAUCUGGUUACAAUAUGUAGCAAUUAUCAGGAUCGAAUCCCGUUUGUCUUUUUAAUGGGGUUAGCUACUUCGAUAGAUGCAUUACAUCAAGGUCUCCCGAAAUCUGUCCUGAGCUUAAUGCAGACAAGAAAGUUUCAGAUGCAGCAGUCAUCAGAGUGUCUUACAGCCAUCAUCGAAGAUCUCUUCAUGCAUGGAAAUGUGAGUGUUAUGAUCGGACCUUUGCCAAUGAAACAGCUUAUUGACCAAUUCAUGCAUUACAAUUUCUCAGUGAGCGGAUUCGUUGCCAAUUUAAAGUACAUUGUCAUGCAUCAUUUCUAUGCCAAUCCAUUAAGUAUACUUUGCGAUCGUGCGCUUUCGUCUCAGAGUAGGGCACUGGAACUGCUGGAAGUAGGGCAUUAUGACCAUAUUCGGAUGCUUCCUUCGUUUCAACGCUAUGUCGAAUCAAAAGUAGAAGUGGAUCCUCAAGAGGGAGAAAUGCUAUUGCUAGAUAAUGAGUUUUUGAAGCUUCAGAUCCCUGAUAUGGUUAGAGAUCUCCAGGAGUAUCAUAGGAACUUUGCGUUAGUAUUUGAAUUCCUAUGGUUUCUUCAGGCACGAUUCACGAUUGCUAUUCUCAAAAAAUCGAAGCGUGCGCUCUAUUUCAUGGCGCUUGAGGGCACUCUGACAGACUCUACUAGUAUUUCUUUCCUUCUGAACCUUGUUAGGAAAAUGAACUCCAAUGAGAUGAUGAUUUUUAUCGAGGAUUGUUUACAGUUCUUUAAAAAGUCGUCUCGCUGUCGCCCCAAGGCAUCGGUAGAGGAGGGAAAUAUCAUGGAUAAGGAAUUAUUGAUUCUUCAGAACAUAAGGGAUCGUAUGGUGGAGCUUCUGGGUGAUAUCAGCGAUGAUUCUGUGACCAGUAGCAGCGACGUCGAGGAUGGUGACCAAGAGAUGAAGGAGGGGGACGAUACCGAACAAAAUGAGGAAGCAACCCAAAUGAAAGAUUCAGAUCGAUGGGCGUUAGCUAACGGAGGGACCAGUAAAAGGGUACUCAAUAGACAAGAAACCGCAGGCGCACCAAUAUUUAUCAAGAAACGAAAAUUGGUCAGCGUAAAGGCAAACGUAGCAGAAGGCCGACAGACGCGAAUCGCCAAAAAGACAAGAGAAACAGUUAGAAUCCCUAAAGGUGCCUUAGGCACGUACACAGUGCUUGUCACUGAAGUCGUUGAUCUAUUUGAAAGGCUUUUCAAAACAUAUUUAAGCCAUCAUAGCAUCAUGCCUCUUCAUGAAGUUUUUUAUUAUUCGCAAAUCAAGAUCCAGCAAAAGGCAUUUUUGCCACAACCACGAGUUUCGAUCCAGACAGCGCUUGGGCAACCCGAGUUGUACCUUAACUGCAAGUGCUGCCAAGUACCUUCGAACACUGCUGCAUUCAUUUCACCGGCAGAAAUGGUUUUAUCUACACAGCAUGACACUUGCAUCCUUUACAAGUUGUAUGUCGAGUGUGGGCGUAUGAUCAACAUGUAUGAUUGGUUUACGGCCUUUGGCAUGAUUCUUGAACGGGGUACUCAAUCUGACAACCAACAGGAUAGGUCAAUGAGUAAUGGGGAUGAAAGUAAUACAUUGGCUCAUAAACGAUCCAAGAAGCGAGGGAAGGUGUCUAUGGCUGCCAAGAGCAAAUCUUUAAAGGAGCAAAACCUGGACCAGAAGGAGGUUCAAGCACGGUUUAUUAGUGGGGUGGCCGAACUGCAGUUUAUGGGUUUUAUCAAGCCAACGAAUCGCAAGACAGAUCACGUUCAAAGGUUGACUUGGGGUAAUAUUUAGUCUAUCAAAAUCUAAUCCUGUGAAUUAUGUUAUAGAGGGC